ACGACGAUGAUGGAGAUUAAGGUCGAGGUAAUCGCUAGAGAAACCAUAAAGCCAUCUUCUCCGACCCCCCAUCACCUUAAUACUUUCAAACUCUCUCUUAUCGACCAAUUCAUGCCUGCAUCAUACACGCCACUAGUUCUCUACUACGCCACACCUGGCGGUUCUAGUUGCGAAGAAAGAUCCCAACUUUUAAAAAACUCCCUCUCUCAAAUCCUAACUCGCUACUACCCUCUAGCUGGAAGAAUCAAAGAUCCUCUCUUUGUUGAUUGCAACGACGACGGCGUUGAUUACAUUGAAACUCGAGUCUACUGUCCAAUUUCCGCCAUUCUUAAGCAACCCAAAAGUGAAUUACAAAACCAUUUCAUUCCAAUCAAAUUUAAGGAAUCGGGGUCCGGAUCUCUCUUACUCAUCCAGGCUAGCUUCUUUGAAUAUGGAGGAAUGGCUAUAGGCAUCUAUACUAACCACAAACUUGCCGAUGCGACCUCCUUCACCACAUUCCUCAAGGCCUGGGCUACCACUGCGUCCGGAUUCCCUGACGCAGUGAGUCCAGAUUUCACUACACCCUCUAUAUUCCCCGCAGGAGAUGACUUCCAGACCCCUCCAUACAUGUUUAUGUACGUGUUCAACGCCUCCAAACUUCACGCUUUCAAGGCAGAAACAGCCAAUGUGAGGGUACAACAACCUACCCGCAUGGAGGCUAUCAUGGCACUCCUUUGGAAAUGCGCAAUGGAUGCUUUUAGAUCAAGAUUGGGAUUGGGAUCGACCAAUCCAAGGAGGCCAUCUAUAUUAGUCAUAUCAGCAAACAUACGAGCAUGUCUUGUGCUGCCAUUACCAGAGAGUUCAUCCGGAAACAUAGGACGCCCGCUAGUAGUGCACGCCGAUGAUGAGAGUGAAAACGAAAUGAACUUGUCAAACUUGGUAAGUAGCAUAAGGGAAAGUAAGCUAGAACUAAGCAAAAAUUGUGGAGUGUCGAAUAUUUGUGGGUCGUUGGCAGAGUUGAGAAAGUUGCAGAUGAGAGGAGGUGGAAGUUGA